AAAGAAUAAAGUCAGUGAGUAUCUGUGAGUUGAAGUGCAAUGAGGUCGACUACAGUACUACAUUUUCUUGGGUGGAUUCUGCUGAUUUGGAGUAGAUGUUCAUUUGAAGUUCUCGCAAAAUAUCAGUCAAAGCAAACAGGUUCAAGAGGGGACCGCCUUCUUAUUGGCUCAUUAUAUCCAGUCCGUUCCUUCCACGACGUUAUGCCAACGAUUGCUUUCUUUGGAAUACGAUGUACCCCAGGAGGAAAUCAAGAUUACUUCAAACUGGGAAUCCAUAAAAUUCCAGACGAAUACUAUGAGGAUGACUAUGGAAUGGGAAUAAGCAAGAUUGCAGAAACCAAGAAAGUUAAACUAUCAGAUUAUUUCUUGACAGUCUACCGUCGUGCUUGGUUGUGUAAACCAGAAGGGAGGCCUGACUUGACCGAUGAAUUUGUGUCGAUUAAUACAGUUAUAAUCAGCAUCAAGGAUAUCUACAACAUAAGAUAUGAGGAAGGAGUUGAUGUCUUUUUGCAAAAAUUUGAUGUUGACCGUGUAAAAGUUGUUGAACGACUGUGUGUUGCAAAAGAUGUUGUUAACAAUACAUAUUCAUUCCCGUUUAAGUGUCUGGAUGAUUGGAGAUAUGAGCAAGAAACAGAGGAAAUAUCACAUAUUCCAGAUCUCGCAGUGGAAAUCUUAAAAAAUUCACCCCGGCCAGUUGAUGACGAAUUAGAAGAAGACGUACCAGUACAGGAAAAUAGCACCUCCAUUUCAGAUAAUGGACCCUCAAUCAGAAUAGAACCAUCUCCAUCUACAAUUGACAAACCUAACAAGAAAUAUGUCUGUCAAAAUUCAUUUGUCAAUACCGAAUUAUUCCUUCCCAAAUGCUAUCAAAAGUUUGAUGGACAUCAUGCGCUUAUUCCACAAGAAGAGUUUGGGAAACGAUUCAUGAUUAUCGAUAGGGAGGUUCAAAUUUGCGAGUCUGGUGAGAAUGAUCGCAUAUUUCGCAUAUCACAUACGGUGAUUGGAAGAACUAACAUAUCAAACAUUGAGUAUGGGAAUGGUAUAAUUGAAUUGUAUGCCAUAAAGCUACCUGAUGGAGGAAGAAGUAUAAGAUACACGGAGGUCAGAAAUUUCUAUGCAAAAACAAGAAAACCGGUUAUGGAUUACAAUGUUCAAUACACGUUCGCAAGUAUCGAACGUGUCAAAUCAUCUGUUGAGGUGGCAACAGAUGGAACAUUUGAACCUAUCGAUAUAGAGUACAAGCUGCCUCCUGGAUCGAUAUUCAGGUUACUUAUCAGUCCUGAAGGUUACAAUCUCAGAUUAGGCUCAAGACCUGUGGCAGAUAUUGAUGCGGACGAUGUAGUGUGUCAAAGAUUGUUCAAUCACCACCAAAUUGAAUAUGGAAUCAAUAUUGAGAUAAUAACUGAUGAUCAAAAUGGUCUGCGACAUACUCUUGUACAUAAUACUGAGCUGAUUCAUAUAGACACAUGGGAUCAAAUAGUAUAUUCAUGUGCAUCGGUAACCAAUCAGAGUGUGGAUUUCUUGAGAGUAAUGAAUUUCUUGGUGACAAAUAAUGCACCAAUCCAUUAUAUUGAGACAUAUGAUGGCGUUGAAUUCAUCAGAUUUAAUGAGAGAAACGGAAACGACUUACUUCAAAUUAUUGAAGUCAAAUAUUUAUUGAAUGGGACGGCAGUUCGUUUUGUGGGUACAUUGUAUGCUCAAGGUGACAACAUCUUGAGCUCUUAUCAACUUGGGUUAACACCUUACAUCAUCAAGAAAGGGGAAAUCUAUCCCCUGCCAAACACUGAUGUUCCAACCAGAGAGCAUAUUUCAAGAGAUUAUCAAUGGAAUUGUGAAAAGUAUGAGCAUUUCAAAAAUGAGAAGGACCAAGAGAAAACAAUGCGUCUGGAAGUGAAUGGAGAUUCAAAUUUGGCAGCAAACCAGCCACAAGUUAUCAUCUGUAGAGCAAAUGAAACAAUAGUGGAGAGAUUUCCUUCUUCAAAAUCAUGAAAGAAACAACAGAGAUUGAAUCAAUGUCAUCUGAUACAGACAGGACCUUCAAUGAGAAAUAUUUUGACAACAUGAAGAGCGAGAAGUGGCUUUGCAGAGAAAUACUGCCUUCUCUCAAGAGAGCUUCCACCUCUUCUCCACCGAAUGAAAUUGUCCGAGUUAUAACCAAGCAAACCCUGAGGAGACCCAAUGAUAUUUGUGUAAUAGAGCACACACCACUGGAUAGGCUAUGGUUCGAAAUGUACAAUAACGACUAUCAGACAAAAAUGGAAGGAAUCAGAUACUAUCAAAAGGAAGGAGAGAACUUGAAAUUGUACAAUAAUUUAAACUCCUAUGUUAUAUUUGAACAUGACUCAUCGACAGGUGUAGGCCAAUGGAAGAGUGGAACAAAACAGUUGGAUAACUUCAAUGGAAAAUCGAAAAAAGUGUUUGAAACACAACGGUAUGAUGAGAGCGAUUAUAAUCCGAAGAUGAUGUACCACCUGAAUGUGUCCAGGUCUCAGUACGCAGAAAGAACAUUGCUAAUGGGUUCCAAGUGGACGAAAAUAUAUGGAAAUUCUCGGACCAACUUGAU